AUGGCGCUCCUCCUCGAUGUUCCAACCGAAAUCAUCCAACAGAUCGUCAGCUUACUCCCCAGGGCUGAUCUCGCACGUCUAUGCCUCACCAGUCAUUCCAUUCGUUACCAUGCCGAGCCUCGUCUUUAUUCCACCAUCAAGUUCGCAUGGUCCAAUCAUACGAAGCCGCGAAUCAUUUUCCUUCUUCGGACUCUUCUCUCCAGACCAGAGCUCUUUGCCCUUGUGGAUACCGUUUGCUUGAUGGGAUAUGCCUUUCGGCAUAGAGCUGCCCGAGGUGAACGCGUUCCCGUGGGACAAGACUGGUUGCGGCUAGAGAUUCCAAGCAAUCUUUCCCUUUCUCGAUUCAUUUCUGCCAUUAAGAAAACCAAAGCACCCUACACCGAUGUCUGGGUGGAGAAGCUGGAGGCCGGUCACGUGGACGCAUUCGCUGGACUCCUCAUCGCCUACCUCUCCAAUACGAGGAGUCUUACGGUUACAACCAAUUUCGUCGAGGACUUUACGCUUGUUGGUAAAGUCCUCCAAUCCAAGGCUCUCCAACUCGAGCCCCUUCAUUCCCAUUCUCAGGCUCUCCAACAGGAGGCCUUCCCCGAUCAGAUCCCCAAGUUUACGCAGCUACAGCGGCUAGCCUAUGUUAGACGUCUUGAUCCAGAUCAGCAAGAUCACAAUGGUCAAUUUAAGGAAGCUGUCUCUGCCCUCUAUCUACCAAAUCUUGUAGAUGUCAAACUUUGGCUCGCAAACCCUUCGAAGUUUCAAUGGCUAGAGGGAGAGCCAAACCUCGAUCACCUAACCUCACUGGAUAUUGAAUGGCUUGACCCUGGACUUCUACCUAGGAUACUCUCCUUGACGCGUAAUCUUCGAUCACUCACCUACUCUUGGGAUUAUAUUGACGCUGUUCAUAGCGACGACUGGAAGGUCCCAAAUCUAGACCUAGAUGAGAUAAUGACCGCUAUUUCUCCCACCAAACGUACGUUAGAGAAACUACAUAUCCAGUUCCGAGUUGGUUUCGGUCUAAAGCAUACAUGGCCACAAAUGAAUGUCUCCGGGUCUUUCAAUAAUCUAGUCAAAUUCGAUCGGAUCAAGGAGCUACAUGUUCCCUUUGCAGCCUUGUCUGGUUUUGGGCCCGAUUAUACCCCCCUGGAUCGUGGUAUCCCUCCUUCAGUCGAGACCCUUUAUCUAACGCACGGCAUGAUGGAAGACGAGGCAUUCAUAUGGAAUCGGGCCAGGCCUGAUAUGACGGGUUGGGGAAAAGAUACAAAGGCUUGGGCGAAAGGAAUACGCCAAUGGGUACCAGAGCACACUUUUCAGAGCCUGAUAUUUUUGCUGGCUGAGAGCUGCCCCACGAAGUUUCCGCGACUGCGACAAAUAGGCUGGUUUAUUCGCGUAGUGGAGGAUGAUUAUUCUCAUUUUCUGCUCGAGGUCGAGAGGCUCUCUCCUCUUCUUGGUGUGGAUAUCAAGUUGAUGGGUAAUGAAGUGAAUCCGUAUCACCGAAAUGAUUGA